AUGACCACAAGCCUACAACCUCGCCAUGGGAAAGAUUGCCGUACUGACAAGGCAUACUACGAAUGUAGUUACUUCGACUUUGAGUUCAAAGGCUGCUGCUCUCACGAUCCAUGCAUCAGGCCUCGUGGCUGUCGCGACGACGAAUCUUCAGACCACGGUUCGUGGCUGACUCGCGGCAUGUCAGACACCGAGAGCGGUGCUUCAGAGGCCGCUGUUAUUGAGAGCGCCAUAGAUGUGAGGUCUGCUGUUGGGAGCAUUUUCACUGCGAGCUUUCCUUCAGAUGACUCUGACACCGAAAGCACUCUCGUGACUCGAAGACGACCCUCUUCGCAUACCAGCAUGGGCGACGAUACUGAAAACGAUGCUUCCCCUCGUAGACAUUCACACUCGAAGACCAUGACAGACUCGGGUACUACUCGUACAAUCCCUAAUUCGAUUCGAAUUACGGUGACCAAGAAUACGGUUAUAUUCACCAGCAAGCUGCCUUCCAGCAGCACAUCCAUUGAAUCAAUCACCGAGACCACAGUCGAUACAAUCCCAACCUCCUCCUUCCAGAGUACGCCAGCCCAGAGCCCUGCUGAGACAGAUGCCUCAAGCCUUUCAGCAGAUGAUAGCGGCACUGGAGGUCCUUCCAUUGGCCUCAUUGUGGGAGGCGUAGUUGGGGGUGUUGUGGCUCUAGCUCUUAUAGUUCUUGUUGUGAUUAUUCUUCGUCGCCGCAAAGAUACCGACGAGCAACUUGACAGUGCUGACAUGCCCUACAACAACUUUGAUGAGAAGGAGGAAAAGAGCUACCUCAGUCGGAUGUUGUCACGCAGCACCAACAAGGGAGGCACCGAUCCGUUCGCGCCAUUUGGAGGCCGUAUCGACAGAGUAGACGACCCCCUCCGCCCACCCCAUGGCACUUUUGAGAUGGACGCCACAGAAAACGUUGUCCAUGAGCUUCCAACAGCUACUUUCAGCGACGCCCAAGGAAAUGGGUCUCAAACAGGAGGUCAUGCGGCUGCCGGCCAGCCAGACCGUCCUUUCCAAAAUGGACCUGCUGCAGCACCUGAAUAUCCCCCAGCAACUAUGUAUCCUGUUGACCCUCGGGCCAACCUCAACGCCACUCUUGAAGAUCGCCAACAAAAACACUUUGUCAACCACUGGAACCAGUAUAAAUCCCUGGGAGAGGAUACGAAUCAAGGGUAA